GCCGCCUGAGCUCGGCGCGGAGCCCGGGGCCCGGAGCCGCCGCCACCCGCCCCUGGGCGCGCCCCGCCAUGGAGCCCUCGCACAAAGACGCCGAGACGGCGGCGGCGGCGGCGGCGGACCCCCGCGCGGCGUCCUCGUCCAGCGGGGUGGUGGUGCAGGUCCGCGAGAAGAAGGGCCCCCUGCGCGCCGCCAUCCCCUACAUGCCCUUCCCCGUGGCCGUCAUCUGCCUCUUCCUCAACACCUUCGUGCCGGGACUGGGGACGUUCGUCUCGGCCUUCGCCGUCCUCUGCGGAGCCCGCACCGACCUCCCGGACAGGCACGUGUGCUGCGUCUUCUGGCUCAACAUCGCGGCGGCCCUCAUCCAGACCCUCACUGCCAUCGUCAUGGUGGGCUGGAUCAUGAGCAUCUUCUGGGGCAUGGACAUGGUCAUCCUCGCCAUUUCCCAAGGCUACAAGGAGCAGGGCAUCCCACAGCAGCUGUGAGCCCGAAGGAGAGCCGAGAACUCCGGGGUGGUCCGUGAGGGCCGCACCAGGCAGCGGCGGGCACAAGGACCCUUACGUCUUCUCUUCUGCCGUGUCCUGGGUUUGGAGCGCCAAGUGGGGGCGAUUUAGAAAGAUAUUAUUUCGAAAAACAAUCUGCUUUCCUUGGCUGGCUGUGAGGCUGCCCACCCCUCCCCCUGCUCCAGAAAGACGCGGGAGCCCUGAGCAUCUCAAGCGGGGUAGGGAGUGGGGUCCGGGUUGCUGACAGCGAAGCUGGCAUCCUGGGCUCACCCCUGCCUCGCACGGCUCCCUGGGUCCCCCUAAGCGUCUCCUGACCCUGCCUCUCCCUUCUGCAGCCCACGCUUCGCCCACUCCUUCCUCACGCCUGAAAUCUCUGGGCCUGGUUGGGUUUCGAUCUUUGCUUCCCUGGAAGGAGGCCAGUGACCCCCGCCCCCCCGGACCAGAAUCCCCAACGAAGGCCAGAAGCUUUCUCGUUACACUUAACUCCGCUUCUGGCCCGCGGCCCUCUGGAAAUCCUCGGGGCUGGACGGUCUCGGAAUUCCAAAAACCCGGAUCCGAGAAAGAACGAGAGCGUUUACCGCCCGUUUCCUGCUGCCCAGUCGGGACCAGCUCCCUGCCGUCAAGCACAGGACCGUUUCUGCGGAGAGACGUGUGAACAGUGGCCGAUUGGGAUCAAUAAAAACGCCAGAUAGCGUCACCUUGUUGGUUCAGGUCAGAUUUGGGCCUCAGGAAGCGACAGAAGGAAACCCAGCAUUCGAGAGCGUUCGGGGAUAUAGAGCGGCAAAAAAAGAAAACCGUAGGAGUCGUGCCCUUCUCUCCGGAAACCCCUCUUGCGCACGAGUCCCCGGGGACGUUGCUGUUGUGACGGGGGUUCCUCCCACUGCAAAGGGACAGUCGGGGCCUUUGCGGCACCUGCGUAAAAGAUUGUGAGUUGGAUCCUGGAGGGGGAGGGGGGCAGGAGCUCACGGAAGUUGUUCGGGCCACUGCGGGUCGAGUGUUGAUCUGAGGUUAAGAGAAAGGAGAUCCAGGGUCACGUGACAGGUGGACAUCUGCACGCCCGUUUUCGUCUCGGGAAUUGCUAAACCGUGGGUCUGGCUCCAAGCUGUUUGCGGGCCUGGGGCUCCCCGUGGAGAAGUGGAACCCCCCACCCUCCCCGGCCGCAGCCCCUACCCACCACCCCCAGCCCCGAGUCGGAGGCGGCCCGAUCCGGCCCCUCUGCCAGCCGCUUGGCUUUGACCAACGCCCGGUCCUCUCCCGGGCCGCCCGGGGCCGGCCUGCACUUCCUAAACCCCUGGCCGUGUCCGUCUUCCUGUCCUUUCCCCCCUGACCCAGCCAGGCCUCUCUGCUGCUGCUUCCGUGUUUGCGAUCCUCUGUGUUUUCAACGCGUGGGACCAGGCUUGGUUUUCUGCAGAAAGGCAGAACCUUCCGGGGGUGAAGACGGCGUCGUCUGGGCCAGGAAGAGACCAGGAGGCUGCUGGGAGCAGAGGAUCUUGCCUUCCGGCCGCGGAGGGGCAGAGAGGAAAGAGCAGUCUCCGUGGCACGUUUAGUGGCAGUCCAGACACAGGCGGGGUUUUCCUGGGUGACAAGUGUCACCCUGAGCCCGGUGGGGGCGGCCUACUACAGGGCUGGUGGGCUCGGAAGGCCCGUUCCCCUGGGCACCCCCGCCUCCGAGGCUCCCCUCCGCUGCCACCUGCUUCCGAACCGGAGAGUCCGUGAGGAUCGCCUCACCGGGGAGCAGCCCACUGUGGCCUGAGUGUCACCGUCAUCAGGUGACGGCCAGUGGCCAGUGGCCUCCAAGGAGUCUGAGGUGGCCGCUCGGGCUGUUGGAAGUUCAGCGAUUCGUUAAACGGCAGCCAGCUGCAAAGCAGGGUUCCCGUGAGCAAGUGACGCAGCACAGGGCGAUGGCCCCGAGGUCCCGGGCUCACCCCAGGUGCGGCCUCUCGGUGCUCACGCUUCUGCAGGAUGCCCCCCAGCCGGGUGUCUGGGGGGGACCUCAGGCACACAGAGAAGGCCGCAGCACACGGGAUACCCCCAGGACCCUGAGGUGGCCCUCGGACCUGAGCGGCAGUUCCUGGGGCAAGAAGGAGCCACCGGGACCCGGGGGCAUCCCAUGCAUGGUGGAGACGGUUCAGUUCCGAGUCCGCGGUAAAGUUGAGGACCUCCGGCCGGGAGGCCCAAGCCCCGUGGGAGCGGCGGGGGACGGGGGACGUCGGGCCCCAGUCCCUGCACCCUUCUGGCCGCUGUGGGGCGGGGGCCACAGUGGGGCCGACACGCUCCAGCUGCCCCUCUGCCCCGGCUUCAGAAGCGGCAGGCCUGGCCUUGGAGCCCGUCCCCGGCUGCACUUGAGGGGGCGUACAGAAGGGACCAGGAGCAAGCUGCCUUCCCUGUGUGGCCCCAGAGCCGUGUGUCAGCCCGACGACGGGGGGGGGGGGGGGGGGGGAGCUAGCCCUGAGGCCAGCGCAAGGUGGGGCUGAGUCCCCAGGAGGAGAGAAGGCCUUCCGGAGGCCUGGGGCUCUCCCGGGGGAAGGCUGUCCCUUUUGCCACAGCUCAGCUCUUUAAAAUGCAAAAGCAGGUCUCAAAUGCUUUUUCCCGAACCCCCAUCCCUGCACAGAGGGGUGAGUUUGUGAGGGUUACUUUGGUUUUGCCUGGAUCCUGCGCCCCGGGCCCCUCCGGCUGCCACGACACUCGCUGUUCUCACCCCGUUGGUGGCAUUGGCAGAGAAAGCCUGUGUGUGUUGCGUCAACCGCUUAGGGACCCGGAACUUAGACCCAAGCCCCCCAGGUGGCGGCCGCAGACCUUGUUCAGCGUAUUUAUUACCCCCGCUUGCUGGUUGGUUCGGAGGGCUUUCCUCAGAGGGACCGCAGGGGGGUCCCAGCUGCACUGUGACCCUCCCUGGAGACCGUGACUUUGCACUUUGCAUGUGCGGGAGCCGUCUGGAGCCGCUGCUGACCGCGAACCUGCCCCGGGGCUGAGCAGAGACGGGCUUCCUUCUUCUCAACGGUCCCCCCUGUGCGCGGCAGGCGGUUCUCGAAGGCGGGGCUCCCCCCUGCGUUUGUAUCCAGAGAGCACUCCGUGGACGCUGGUGUGGACUGACGGGGGUCUCCCGGCGCCCUGGCCGCCACGCCCUGCCCUUCCCGCCCUCAGGGGGAACAGCAAAGUGAGUGGAGGCAGGAGGGGCGCCUCUCCCCACGGAGGGCGCCGUGUGUGUCGGGAUGGCGAGGAGGCCAGGCAGUGGGAGGGGAGGCCGGGAGCGGCCUGAGCAGGUGGGCGAUGUUCGGGCUCCCGUGUUCUUCACCCGCCGGGCUCCGAGGGCUUCAGAACGCUCACGGGAUCGCGGGCGUGCAAGCCACGUGGGACCCUCCUGUGGCGAUGCGUGGGGCACUUCGGGGUGACUUCCAGCUUCCGUGCCGUUCGUCUCUCCUCCCGGCUCGUGCCUCCGUUUGACCAUCUGUAGGCUGGGGACAAGGGGGGGCUGGGCAGCCAACGCUGGUCGGUCCCUUUCUCUCCGAGCCAAGGGCCUGGAGGACGAGCCCAGCCCGGGCGAUCCUCGAUUCCACGGUCCCGUUCCGAUCCUGUCACAGCGGGAGGCAGAGGACAGGGUCGCACGAGUACGGGUCCUGUUUCCAGUACAGCUUGUCUCUCCUCGGCUUUGGUCCCCGGCCCUCCCUUCCUGCCUGGAUUUGCCAAAAUGCCAGCCCCCGCAAUCCAUCCCGGGCCACUGUCACCGUAGGUGAGGCACACAGACACAUGCACGCUGUCACACACGCGUGCAACACCCCACGCACACACACGUGUGUUCACAGCCCCUUUGGCGGCUGGGUGAGGACGGGACUGUCUGGGGACUUAGGACUGGGUGUUUCACGUCCGCAGAGGGGCCUCUCACACCCGGGAGCCAUCCCUCCGGCGUGGCUCUGGCGGGCGCAGUUCCCCUUUAUCAUCUGCAGGGCCCUGGGCCUGGAGCUCUUCCUCCUGGGGACCCUUGGCUCAAUACCCCCACCCACCAAACCCAGCUGUGCUCGUCCCCCACGCCUGGCUUGUGGGAGGGACAGCGUGGGUCUGCCCAGAGCGGCGGGGACCGUGAUCCCUUUCUGGGCCCUUCUGGGGCUAGACGGUCCUCUCCUCUGAGGCUCCUUUUCCCACAACCCUCCCACCGGCCCCAGGACGGGACGCAGCGGGGAGAGAAGGGGACGGAGGUCAGGCCCACCCCGCCUUCUGGGUCAGCGCCUGGCUGGGCGUCCCCACCGGGAGCAGGCGAUGGUGCCGUAACUGGCCCGGGCACCCUGUGGGAGCACUUGGCUGGCCCUCUGCACAGGCCGAGUGAUAGGCCUGUCGUAGCUGGUGCCAAGCUUUUUUAAACAACAUACAUAAACACAAGCCUGGGUGUGUGCAUAUUAGCCGAAUUUAUAUUUGGACGAGUGUUGUGUUGAGACUUGGAGUUUUUGACCCGUGAUGUUUGGGUCUCUCUUACUUCUGUUAUAGCGAAUCCCUGUACGUUUCCGUGGUUUCUCUGGCAAGACCCGCUGCCCGGUCUCCCAGGGCUCUUCUUUCUACUCCUGCCUAGACCCACAGCGGCUUCACCCCACCCGCGGCCACUUCCCUUGGGGUCCUACGAGCCUGCCAAGGGGGUUUUUCCCGGCGCAUUCCAUGGAUGGGAGCCUUCCUCGGUUCUACAAGAGGGAGAAAGUCUCAGGUUGGGACCUGGGGAAGCUUCCAGACUGCAGCCUGGGGCCCAGGCCUGCAGCUUUGCCUUCCCAGUGUCCUCAGGACCGGAGCCCUCGGCAGGCCCGCACGACACUGCCCGGGGCCCCUCUGCUGCACGGGGACCCGCGCCCCUCGAGGCGCCGAGCAGGGCCCCGACUUCCCCAGCGCCCCGCCAGCUUCAGAAGUCACAGCCCAAACGCCAUGCCGUAUAUGUCAUGGCAGACAGCGUGCAUGACGCUAGGAACCUGUAUACAUAGCCCCGUGUACAUAUUUAUAUAUUCCUAUUAUAAAUACACAAAGCAUGGCAAUCCUUUGCAUUCCAAAUCUGUGUUUUUUUUAAAUCCUGGAAAUACAACUUUAGACACCUUUUCUUCCUGUUUCUCUUUUCUAUGUAAUAAACGUUCAUGUGACCUUUC